AUGAAUCGAGGAGCACGUGGCGCUGGUGGAACACAGGCUGGUCUCCUGAUUGGGGUUAGAAACUCUGUUUGCAAUGCUACGAGGACAGGAAGGCCCCGAUGCACUUCAUCUAAGCAAGAUAGAAGAAUUGUACGUCGCUCGAAAGCUGACCCUCGCCUCACUGCGGUUGACAUUGCGACUGAAUUUAAUAUGAACGAAGGCACCAAUCUCAGUAGGCAGACCGUGGGAAGACGCCUGAAGGAUGCUGGGAUCCACGGAAGGCGUCCAGCCAAGAAACCCUUCAUAAGUUCGAAAAAUAGGAGAGCUAGAGAGUGGAGUUCGCGCGCCGUCACCUCGACUGGACUGUGGCCGACUGGAGCAGAGUUCUUUUCACGGACG